AUGAUUCCCUUGUAUGUUACUGUGUUGCGUUUUAUUCAGGCAGAGUUAUCGAAAAAGUGUUUUUCGGGCAACGAAAAGCUCCUGGUUGUAGGCGAGGACCUUAAUGAUGAAUUGAUAAGGUACUUGCACCGAUCGGAGAUAACAACUGUCGCCUCUAUGUCAAGCUCUAGAUUACCUCGUGCAACAGAUGCUUUGUCUGCUGCACUUCAAAGUAAAAAGAAGAAUCCGACUGGAUUGGAUUACUAUCGUUAUCAGUGGAAAUCGAGGAGCUUUUUACUCUCUUCUCACUCGGCUCCGAAUCUAAACGAUCAACUUGAACAGCUUAAGGAUUCUCAGUGGUGGAAUUUGGGAGGAUUUUUUCUGGUCAUCGAGGAUGACACGGUCAAAGAACGGUGCUCGAAUGCCUACGACUUCCUCUUAUUAGCCUGGAGUUUUAACUUACUCUUCACAGUUUUCAUAUGCCAACAACAGAAUGGCGAGCUGUCCAUGUACUCUUACGAUCCUUACGGUGAUUCGGCUUCCCAUCCUUGGAUAAAGGUUCGCGAAAUAAAAGGCCGACAGGGACACCCUUGGAGUUUAUUCAAGUGGGAAAAAUACGAUGGCAAGUAUUUCUGUAUUCGGAAAUUUUUUUUUUUUAUCACACUUAUGAAUUCUUGUUUCACUCAAGGUCUUCGGUACGGAUGCGAAAGUAUAUUUUACGACAGAACAAAAUCGUUGAACGGUUAUCCAAUACUGACAAACGCGUUGAACGAUCCUCCAUUCUUGUACGUCAAAAGAGAUGAUUCUGGAAUGACGAAGUACAAGGGGGUGGACGGUUGCAUCAUGAAGGACCUUUGGGACUUCUGGAAUGCGACAAUUAUCGACGUGAAAAUGACAUCGGAUUCGCAUUUUAUGGGCUGGCUAGACGAAGACGGAGAGUUUCAUGGAAAUCUGAUCGACAUCGCCGCAGGAAAAGUAGACAUCAGUAUGAACAGUCUGAUAGUACGACCCUUGGCAAUCGUGAUGCAGGCGUAUCCUCAUACUAUGGUUAAACUCUGCAUGGUAACCAAGGAUCGUGGAUUGAUACCCUGGCUUAUUGGGUUGGCCUACGUUUUUGACAAAUGGACGAUGAUGUGUGGGGCUUCGAUAUUUUUCAUUUGUUUUGUCGUACUGAGCUACGUUGGCAAGCGCGGAUACGUUUCAGGAUUUUUGAAUACACUUCGAGUCUUUCUCAGCACUUCGUACGUCGGUUCACCAAUAUCGGCUGAUGGUGGAAAAAUACUGUCUUUGAUACGGAAUCCGUUGCAUUACGUUAAUAUAGACGAAAUUGCGGAGCUUAAUGAAUCGGGAUUAGUUAUCGAAGGUCCCGAGUCGCUGAACGUUGCUCUUGCCUUUCCAGAUUUUUUCUCCUCCCACGUGUCCAAGGGGGUGGGAAGCUGCAUUCGGAAAUUGUACAAAAACGAGCCCGUCGUUUGUAUCAAUUACUGUGAUACCCUGAACAUGAAAUAUGCUCACGCGAAAGAUCUUCAUGUGAUGAAGGACUCUAGUCCUUAUAACCAAAAACGAUUUGUCGCCAGGCCGGACUUUCCAUUGAUUGAUAGAUUCAAUGUCAUUUCUCAGGUAAUCGUUGAAGCUGGUUUAACGAAGUUUUAUGAAACCCAGACUUUGCGCGAAGAGACGAUUGGUGCAAAUUUAAAAAAUUGUCUUUCGCUGCAAAAGAUGCGUAUCAAUUGA